AAUCUUCACCGUAUUUCCCUAGCCAUGGCAGCGCUGGUAAGCUUUUGCUCUCUCUUCCUCACCUUAAUUAUUUCCACUGCAACCGCUGCAAAAGCUGGUGGUUUUAUUGUGGAGUUGAUCCACCGUGAUUCUCCCAAAUCUCCCUUUUACAACACCUCAGAGGCCUACCGCUUUAAUCCACCCUCCAUCUCGAAGAUUUCAUUUAAGUCCAGUAUCAUAGCCAACAACAACGAAUACCUGAUGAAAAUAUCUCUCGGAACCCCGCCGUUCCCAAUUCUGGCCGUUAUGGGUACUGGCAGCGACCUAGUUUGGACACAAUGCCAGCCUUGUUCUCAUUGUUACGUGCAGGACGGUCCUCUCUUCAACCCUAGUUCUUCCUCCACAUACAGAACCCUUUCUUGCUCCUCAAGGCAGUGUCAGAUCGUAGAAGGUACGGUUUGCUCCAGUGAAAUGGAAUCUAUUUGCCAUUAUACGGUCACCUAUGGCGACCAAUCUUUUACAAGUGGGGAUCUUGCGGUGGACACGAUCACCAUAGGUUCUACAACUGGUCGGCCUUUGGCUCUUCCAGAAACAACCUUUGGCUGCGGACAUAACAACGAGGGAAGCUUCAAAGAGGAGUGGUUCGGUAUGAUCGGACUCGGAGGUGGUGCUAUGUCUCUCAUUUCCCAGAUGAGAAAUUCGAUAGGUGACAAAUUCUCCUAUUGCUUAGUGCCUCACACAAAAAGAUCAAGAAGCUCUGGCAAGAUAAACUUUGGCUCCAAUGGUGCCGUUUCGGGGGCCGGAGUAGUCUCUACCCCCUUCGUUCAAAAAACCCCAGAGACCUUCUAUAUGCUAACCUUACAAGCUAUCAGUGUUGAAGAUGAUAAAAUAAUAUUCACAGGUUCGUUCUUCGGAAAAUCGGAAGGGAACAUUGUUAUUGACUCUGGCACUAGCUUUACAGUGUUACCCUUUGAUUUCUACUCCAAGUUGGAGGCAUUGGUGUCUAGCAAGAUCCAUGGACAGCAGGCAGAUUCUCCAGUGGAGGAUUUGCGACUCUGCUACAAUAUUGCAAAGGGUAACAUUAGAGUCCCGCAGAUGACGGUCCAUUUCAUGGGUGCUGAAGUGAAGCUGAAACCUGGGAAUAUUUUUGUUCAAGUGAGAAAGCACAUCUUAUGCUUUGCUUUCAUUCAUUCCGUGAAUGAUUUUGCCAUCUAUGGAAACUUAUUGCAGAGGAAUUUCUUGGUUGGAUAUGACACUCACAAGCAUACUGUGUCGUUUAAACCAAUGGAUUGCACCAAGGCAUAAGGGAUAUACAUGAUCUCUAGCUAGUAGUGCAGUGCCUAAUAAUGUUUAUCCUUGAUCUGUUUAUUAGCUUUAAUUUAUAAUCUUACAUUGACAACAAAAUAAAUAAUUCAGUGAUAA